UAAGAUUCGUAAUUUCGUACACUAAACUAGCUAGCUGCUCCAGCACAGAAGCCUUUUGGUAAAACAAUAUUUCACGCUUUUAUCGCAGGAGGAGAUCCUCGUUUAGGUCAUGGCUUCAUUUGUUUUUAAUUCGGGAUCAAACACGGUCUCAGCUCCGUUAGUGUUACUUCAUUUUAUUAUUGUCAUCUGCGUCACUUUGCAUUGUGUCAAUCUGGCCGCUGCUAAAAGCAAUCCCAAACCGAACAUAGUUUUAAUCCUGACCGAUGAUCUGGAUGUGUCCAUCGGCGGAAUGAUUCCUUUAGUCAAGACUAAAAAGCUGAUAGGUGAUGCUGGAAUUACCUUUACAAACGCGUUUGUGGCCAGUCCUCUGUGCUGUCCCAGCAGGGCGAGUAUCCUGACAGGUAAAUACCCUCACAAUCAUCACGUGGUGAACAACACGCUGGAGGGAAACUGCAGCAGCACAGCAUGGCAGAAGGGCCAGGAGCCUGAUGCUUUCCCUGCCUUCCUGCAGAAACAUGCCGCAUAUCAGACCUUCUUCGCUGGGAAAUACCUGAAUGAGUAUGGCAGUAAAAAAGCUGGAGGAGUCGAGCAUGUUCCUCUGGGCUGGGAUCACUGGUUCGCCUUGGAGAGAAACUCUAAAUAUUACAACUAUACACUGUCAGUGAACGGCAGAGCGCAGCGGCACGGACAAAACUACAGUGAAGAUUAUCUUACAGACGUCCUGGCCAAUAUUUCCAUCGACUUCCUGGAAAACAAGUCAAACCGCAGGCCUUUCUUCAUGAUGGUGUCUACUCCGGCGCCGCACUCGCCCUGGACGGCCGCUCCGCAGUACGACAGCAGUUUUCCUGACCUCAAAGCUCCACGAGACCCCAACUUCAACAUACACGGAAAGGACAAACACUGGCUCAUCAGACAAGCAAAGACGCCUAUGAGCAACUCUUCAGUCGAGUUUUUGGAUAACGCCUACAGAAAACGGUGGCGCACUUUACUAUCAGUGGAUGACCUGGUGGAGAAGCUGGUGAGAAAGCUGGACGUCAGAGGAGAGCUCAGCAACACCUACGUCAUUUUCACCUCCGACAAUGGAUAUCACACAGGCCAGUUUUCUCUGCCGAUGGAUAAGAGGCAGCUCUAUGAGUUUGAUAUAAGAGUUCCUCUGCUGGUGCGAGGACCGAAUAUCAAACCCAACCAGACCAGCCCGUUACCUAUAGCAAAUGUGGAUUUGGGUCCAACAAUUCUAGACAUCGCAGGAUACAACGUUAAUGAAACUCAGAUGGACGGCAUGUCAUUUCUUCCCAUAAUGGUGGGUGAGAUGAACAGCAGUGUGUGGAGGUCAGAUGUGCUGGUUGAAUAUGAAGGUGAAGGCCGUAAUGUGUCAGAUCCCGCCUGUCCCCUGCUGGGCCCCGGGGUCUCGGAGUGUUUCCCUGACUGUGUGUGUGAAGACGCCUACAACAACACUUACGCCUGUGUUCGCACUGUGUCACCGAACGCCAACUUACAGUACUGUGAAUUUGAUGACAAUGAGGUGUUUGUGGAGGUCUACAAUCUGACGUCAGACCCAUUUCAGUUGAGUAACAUCGCCAAGAGCAUCGACCAGGAGGUGCUGGAGAAGAUGAACCACCGGCUCAUGAUGCUGCAGUCCUGCUCGGGACGCUCCUGCAGAACGCCAGGGGUCUACGACUCACGGUUCAGGUUUGACCCUCGGUUCAUGUUCAGCAGCCUCGUCCCGCACAGAAACAAGCGGCGGCAGAUGCUGAAGUAGAUCAGAUGAGACGACGCGGGGUGCAGAAAAGACGAUGCCUUCAUAUCCUGACGCUCAAUAAUAAGAGACGAGGCCAUUGUGGAGCGUUCAGGGUACAAAACACACUGCAGACACUUUCAGACAGGACCACAUGCUCCACGUCCUGACAAAACACACUCCUGAAACCAUGCUCGGAUUGGAUUUAAAGAGACAGUUCACACGUAAAAAUUAAAAAGUCUGGCAUCCUUUUACUCCACUGUUCGAGGUUUUUUCUUUUCUGUUGAACACAAAAGAAGAUGUUUUGAAGAAUGUUGCAGCCAUUUACCUUAAUAGCGUUUUUGUUCCUAUUAUGGAUGUCAAUGGCUGCUUUUUGCCCCCCAACAUUCUUCAGUAUGUCUUAUUUUGUGUUUAAGACCAUUUGAGUGUAAGGAAAUGUUCACUUUCAUAUUCAAUUAUCAAACAUUAACUCAAGUGUUUCCAAACCUGUUUGAGUUUUUAUCUUCUGUUGAACACAAAAGAAGAUGUUUUGAAGAAUGCUGGAAACCUGUAACCAUUGACUUCCAUAGUAGGAAAACGAGUACUAUGGAAGUCAAUUGAAGAAUGCUUAAAACCUGUAACCAUUGACUUCCAUAGUAGGAAAACAAACAGCAUGGAAGUCAAUUGAAGAAUGCUGAAAACCUGUAACCAUUGACUUCCAUAGUAGGAAAAUAAACAGCAUGGUAGUAAGUUGAAGAAUUCUGAAAACCUGUAACCAUUGACUUCCAUAGUACAAAUACUAUGGAAGUCAAUGGUUACAGGUUUUCAGCAUUCUUCUAAACAUCCUUUUGAAGAUAUUUUGAAGAAUGUUGGAAACUAUAAAACUGACAGUAGCCACACGCAUAAUAGAUGAUAAAUUCUAAAUUCCAUAAAAAACAUUCUUCAAAGUAUCUUCUUUUGUGUUCAACAGAAGAAACAAGCUCAAACAAGUUUGGAACAGAUUUAAGACAGAAUUGUCUUUUUUUUUGCAAGAACUGUCCCUUUAAUUUGACUCCUAUUAAGAUUUUAUUUUGCUCAUGCACAGUUUUGCAUUUUGUAACACUUAAGAAUAUGAACAUUUCACUCCACGUAUUCAGUUAUUAAAUAUUCUUGGUCCAAGAUUUUCAUCAGGAUAUAAAGUAGUUUUUCUGCUUUAUAUUUUUCUCUUCUGAUGAAUAAUUACAACCACACACACUGUAUUUGUGCGCAUUUUAUAGGAAUAUUUCACCCAAAACUAUGAAAACGAUCAAUUUCUGAAUGAAGGUUACCUAUAAACGCAAUAAAACACACCCUUAUCUUUUCAGUUCUGCUCUCUAAUCAAGUCAAAUGUUGUUUAGCGUUUCAGAUCUCGUCUUUUCAGUGUGUUUCUGAGUGAAAGAGCCAAAGCUGUAGAUCACAGCAGCAGUAUACGUUACAUUUACAACUGUUUAAUCACUUGUUAGUUAUUUUAUGAGGGAAUUGAUCAUGUUUUUGUGGUUUAUUCACCCACACUUGAAGCGUGAAGGGAUUGUUUUUCUUUCUGACUACUCCACUAUCUUAAAUAGAUUUGGUAAGAUCUCAAAUCACAGAAGUAAAUGAUUAGACAGGCAUAUUUUUCCAUGAUAUUUCAUUAUCUAUAUCUGUCAGUCAAGCACUUUCCAGUCUGUGAUGAUCAACAUGUUUAAUGAGGUUUUUGUUUGCACAUAUUUGUUUGUGGCAUUGAUAUGGUUGGUGAGUUUUUGUCUUGUGUGUUUGAUUUGAUAAAAUCAUUCGGAAAUCAUGUUUUUGUCUGUAUUUUAACACAGAUUUUUCAGUAAUAAACAGGACAAAACAUGGUUUACAAUUA